AUGUCUGAUUUAUUCGAGACAUACGAGUCUGAUUUCCAACUUGCACUUCAAGAAGCAAAGGCCAAGAUCGGCCUGGUCCAGCUGAGCAGCGCUGGUCUGCGCAAAGAUGCCCUUCAGUCGAUUGAACACGCCACAGACGAAGCCCUAGAGAUUUUGGACCAGAUGAACCUCGAAAUCCAGAGUUUGCCAGCCAAUCAGAGACUGAGCUACAAUGCCAAGGUCCGCAAGUACAGAAGCGAAGUUGAGGCCAACAAGCAGAAGCUCAAGGAGCUUUUGGACGAAGAGGACAGACUGGAGCUUUUUGGCAGCAGGUACACCGAUAACGAAGAGGAAGGGUCACAGAGAAAGCAGUUGCUCAGCAACAAUGCGUCGUUGGACCGCUCGCUGCAGAGGCUCCGGGAGUCCCAGCGUGUGGCGCUUGAGACAGAAGGUAUCGGUGGCAAUAUACUUAAUGACCUCAGGGCACAGAGAGAGCAGAUCACGAACGCCAGAAGCACGUUGCUGACGGCCGACAACUACGUGGACCGUUCCGUGGCGACGUUGAAGCUGAUGGGCAGGCGUCUUGUGGCCAACAAGUUCAUUUCUUAUGCGAUCAUCGCCGUGUUGAUCAUUCUAAUAUUCUUGGUGCUUGCCAGCAAGUUCUGGUAG